AUGGACUCUGGCGAUGUUGGCACCCAUGGUCUUAGCCUCAGCGAGCCGUCGUUGGUCGCCCCAAAAGUCGACAUACUUGGACCAAUCAAUGCUGCAUACCGCGAGGCUCUUUUGGAGAUGCUGAAGCCGGGAUCACGCGAGACGUACAAAUCAUAUCUGGAAUAUGUUGUUCUCGGUCUCGUCGGUAUUUUCGGGGAGGUGGAGUCGUGUACUUCAGAAGUUCUCGCCGUCACUGCUUUGCUGUACAUGGGCAACCCCGAUAUCAAGACUGUCCAUGCUGCAGCUUGGAGGAAUGAAGACGUCACCAAGUUCGCUCGCUGCUUGCAUAGCACCGCCUCAACUGUUGUCCGGUCGAUGAAGGAUAAGUAUACUUCGGCAGCUCAGCCUCACAUUCCUCUCAUCGUCCGCGGUUGUAACAUUCAUUCUGAGGUGGAGUCCUUUAUCAAAAUGAUCCAGGGCGAUCUCUUGAUCUGGGAUCCAAGGCAUUGGAGCCGACCCUUUUCGCUCUGCGAGUGGCUUCUCAAGAUUGUGCAGCAUGAUGAAUUUGACUUGGACCAGCUGGACCGUCCUGAACUGCUUGAAAUCCGUCACAAGUGGAAGACCAGCGCUGACUACGCUGGCCUGCGCGCUUUUGUUAACCACGAUAUCGAGUUCUGGCAGGUCAAGGAGUUUGAUCCUACUCACUACCCUGACAACCAGCCGCAGACCGCCACCCUUGCCGACUUUCUUUCCGAGAAGCUCACCAUUGACCAGGACGAAGAAAAGGACAAAGACUCUUCAAGCUCGGAUGCCACACUCAAUGAGGAGAGUGUCGAGGAAGAAGAAGGGCUUAGCGCUGAGGAGCAAGCUGCCAGAUUGAAGAAGGAGGUCUGGCCCCACAAACUGAUCCAGCUUCUCAUGGUCGACAUCCUGGACGUCGCUGAUGCGCUCUGCACGACACCCCAUGUAUCUCGAGACGUUCCCUACGACAAGUUCUGGAGGUCCGCCGGUGCGGUCGUCUUCGACGAGGCCACCCAUCUCUCCAAGUCAGACGCCGUGAUCGUGUGGGGCAACACGAUGAGGCCUUGUGCAAUGGCCGGCAAAGAAGGCCAGACUCCUUGGAGCGGAAUCGAUCCCUUCAAGACGCAUGAGGACGGACCACACAAGGGCGACUACUAUAACCGCUUCGGACCCGAGGCCAAGGUCUCUGCUCUGGAAUUCAUGCGCACAACGGGAUGGCCGUGCUUCGAGGCGGCGUCGUCGGAUAUGCCCAAGUUCGGUGAGGAUAUGAACUCGUUCGAUAAUGUUGAUGGAGGUUGGUGA